AUGAGUUAUGCAAGGUGGAGCGAUGUAACCCAAGCACAUAAGGAUGAGUUAAUCGAUCGUGUUCGGGGGGAUUUUGAACUUGAUUGGGAAAUGGAGAACCAUCGAUUGGCUGUAACGAAACAACUUCGGAAGCGACUUAAUGCUUUCCACCAUGAAUUGCAUAGGAUAUAUUUAUCAUAUGCCAGCCAUGACGAAGCAUUGGCUAACGGCACAGUUUUGGUCAACCCCCUUGUUUGGGUGAAGCUAUGUGGUAGAUGGGGUAGCGAGGCCUUCAAGAAAUUAUCUACUAAAAACCGGGAGAGUAGGAAGAGGCUGGUUAUUAACCACACAGCAGGUCGCAAAUCCUUUGUGCGGAUUCUUGAAGAGAAGAGGGCUGAAUCGGCGAAUAUGGUAGACUUCUUCAAGGAAACCCAUUGGUCAAAGAAGAAAAAUAACUUUUUAACACCAGUCACCGAAGACAAAUAUAAGGACAUGGUUUCGAAGUUGGAUACUCUAGAACCAGAGCAACGAACUGAUGAAAGGAUAGCGGGUGUCUUCAGAGAAGUACUUGGUCAUAGACCAGGCUAUGCAAGAGGAUUGGGAGAGAUGAUAAUCCCAGAGUCUACAAGACAACGCACAUUGGCACGAGAGAAAGAGUACCUAGAUUUGAUUGAGAAACAUAAGAAGGAGGUUGAAUCAUCCAAGAGUGAGAUGGAGGCAAUGAAGGCAAACAUGCAGCUUCUGUUGGAGAGACAAGCGGAAACUGACCGCUUAUUGAGGGCUUUCUUCGCUGCUAACCCGACCCCGCUCAGUGAGUCUCAGCGAGAGACUCAAUGAGUGGGGACAUGUGAGUCUGAAAGGGAAGGUUUUUUGUGGCUUUUUGGGUGCAUUUUUUGU